GGGCGGGAGCCCGGCGAGGGUGCGGGUGGCUGGACGUGUUUCAGGUCGGUCGAAGCCUGACCACGCUUGCCAUGCCGAACCGCAAGGCCAGCCGGAAUGCCUACUAUUUCUUCGUGCAAGAGAAGAUCCCCGAACUGCGGCAGCGAGGCCUGCCCGUGGCUCGCGUGGCGGAUGCCAUCCCCUACUGCUCUGCUGACUGGGCGCUCCUGAGGGAGGACGAAAAGGAGAAAUACGCAGACAUGGCUCGAGAGUGGAGGGCCGCCCAGGGAAAGGACUAUGGGCCUUCAGAGAAACAGAGACCUGUGUCCACCCCACUGAGGAGGCCAGCCAUGCUUGUACCAAAGCAGAACAUUUCACCCCCAGAUAUGUCAAGCUUGUCUCUACAAAGUGAUCAAGCUCUCCUUGGAGGCAUUUUUUAUUUUUUGAACAUUUUUAGCCACGGCGAGCUACCUCCUCACUGCGGACAGCGCUUUCUCCCUUGUGAAAUAGGCUGUGUUAGGUAUUCUCUCCAAGAAGGUAUUACGGCGGAUUUCCACAGUUUUAUACAUCCGGGUGAAAUUCCACGAGGAUUUCGGUUUCAUUGUCAGGCUGCAAGUGAUUCUAGUCACAAGAUUCCUAUUUCAAACUUUGAAUCUGGGCGUGACCAAGCAACAGUGUUACAAAACCUUUAUAGAUUUAUUCAUCCAAACCCAGGGAAAUGGCCACCUAUCUACUGCAAGUCUGAUGAUAGAGCCAGAGUUAACUGGUGCCUGAAGCACAUGGCCAGGGCGUCAGAAGUCAGGCAAGAUCUGGAACUUCUCACGGUGGAGGACCUUGUUGUGGGGAUCUACCAGCAGAAAUUCCUCAAGGAAGCCUCCAAGACCUGGGUUCGCAGCCUCCUGGAUGUGGCCAUGUGGGAUUAUUCUAGCAACACAAGGUGCAAGUGGCAUGAAGAAAAUGAUAUUCUCUUCUGCGCUUUAGCUGUUUGCAAGAAAAUCGCGUACUGCAUCAGUAAUUCUCUGGCCACUCACUUUGGCAUCCAGCUGACAGAGGCUCACGUGCCUCUCCAGGAUUACGAGGCCAGCAAUAGCGUGACACCCAAGAUGGUCGUGUUGGAUGCAGGCCGUUACCAGAAGCUAAGGUUUGAGAGUCCCGGAUUCUCUCCUUUCAACUCUUCUAAUCAGGAACAAAGAUCAAUCACACCUAUUGGUGACUGCCCUUCCGGAGUGAAGACUUCCGGCCAAAAAAGCGGUAUUCGAGGAAGAGGGAUCACACGCUUACUAGAGAGUAUCUCCAGCUCUUCCGGCAAUAUGCACAGGUUCCCCAGCUGUGAGACCGCACUCACACCUCCCACGUCCCAGAAGGAUGGGUACAAACCUUUCUCUUCCUUGUCUGACUGACGGUACUUGUUUCAGUUCUGGAAAAAGAACAGGCCCAGCUUCCCUCCUGACUACAGUCAUAUUAAACACACAGGUCACACGAGUGAUCAAUGUCACGACUAGAAAAACGACUUCAAUUGUAAGGAAAUCCUGUUUCGUAGAUUAAAAGUAAUUGUGGUUGGAGAAGAUUUGGGCGUUCUUUUGCUUUUUUCUGGAGGGCUUGUUCUACUUCCUGACUGUAUGAUGGGAACGCCUUUAAAGUUUCGAGUCCUGGAAGAUCAACGCUGGCGUUUUCAGAGUUGUGCUUUUGGGAAUGUUAUAUUUUGAUCAUCUUUUCCUCCACAAUAAAGGUAUGAGAUAUCUGUUACAAAAGGUU